AUGUUUGUUGCGUUGCGUGCUCUACAAUCAUCAGAUCCUUGUUGUACACGUGCUUACUCACCCAAGGUUCAAGAGAGAUCUUUCCAGCAGGUGGGCCAAGCUAUACGGCUUUCGAAGCCGGCUUCCAGACUCUGGGUAUCACCCAGAGCCUGGAGCUUCAAUCGCUUCACCAUCCCAACAACAACAAGUCUAUUCGCAACAUGCACUGCUUCUGACCACGAAUGGGUUUCAAACGUCCUGAACGGUUAUCUCAACGUUUCAGACGAGUGGAUCGUUCACGACAAGGCUGGCUCACCUUCUCUUGGCCGUCCAGAGAUUGCAUCACGGGAGGCUCAAUGCGGGCCACAUGGAGCGGCAUACAACGGGAUACCAGCCUGCAGUUCCCUUGCUUCCCAGCCUCUUUCGCUUUCGAGCCUAAGAUGUAGCAGACCUCACAGCCCUGUUUACAUCAGCUUUCAGGUGCUGUGCUAUGUUGCUGCGUUCAAAGAGGGGGCGCAAGAGAUGGAUGUCCUGGGAAAAGGAGCAGUGGAGCAAGGAAACAAAACUUGGAGACAGGAAGGGAAGCUUCUUGAGGAGAUGCCUGUGUUCAUAUUCUAUCAAAGAGAACUCUUUAGCCUUGCCUCUCGACUAUUAGCCCUCCAUCUUUCGAUAACGUCAGAGCAAAGCCGAGCUUUCAGCUCCGACCAAGAGAAUCCUGGUGCCGAUGACAAUAUUUGA